GAAGGAAGGAAGGCAAGAAGGAAGGAGGGAAAGGAGCAUUCUUUGGGGCCACAUUUGUCAUGACGGGAAACCAUUCAACCUCUAGUGGAUAUUGAAGAUUUUGGAAUUCCGAAGUGCAGCAAGGAAACGAGUCCUAUAGGAAGAAGAAAUACUCCGAAGGUGCCGAUCUGGCUGAACUCUUCACCUCACUCAGAGUUCAGAUAGGGAAACAUGGGGAAGGAAGCAUAUAAAUGCACUGAAUGUGGAAAGAGCUUUCCUCGGAGCAGAAAUCUAAAGUUACAUCAAAAAAAUCACACUGGGGAGAAACCCUUUAAAUGCCUGGAGUGCGGAAAGAGCUUCACUCAGAGCGGACAUCUACAUUCACAUCAAAGAAUUCACACUGGGGAGAAACCUUAUGAAUGCAAGGAAUGUGGAAAGAGCUUCACUCAAAGUGUAGGCCUACGUUCGCAUCGAAGGACUCACACCGGUGAGAAACCCUAUAAAUGCCUGGAGUGUGGCAAGAGCUUUCCUCACAGUGGAGAUCUACGAUCACAUCAAAGAACUCACACUGGGGAGAAACCUUAUGAAUGCCAGGAAUGUGGAAAGAGCUAUGCGAACAGUUCACAUCAAAGAACUCACAGUGGUGAGAAACCCUUUAAAUGCCUGGAGUGCGGAAAAAACUUCACUCAGAGCGGACAUCUACGUUCACAUCAAAGGACUCACACUGGUGAGAAACCCUAUAAAUGCCUGGAGUGUGGCAAGAGCUUUUCUCAAGGUGGAACUCUACGAUCACAUCAAAGAACUCACACUGGGGAGAAACCUUAUGAAUGCCAGGAAUGUGGAAAGAGCUUCACUCACAGUAAAGACCUACAUUCACACCAAAGGACUCACACUGGGGAGAAACUUUAUGAGUGUCCAGAGUGUGGAAAGAAAUUCACUUGGAUUAGGAGUUUGCAUUUACAUCAGAAGAGUAUUCACAGUGGUGAGAAACCCUAUACAUGCCUGGAGUGCGGAAUGAGUUUUACUCAAAGUGGACAUCGACGAUCACAUCAAAGAACUCACACUGGGGAGAAACCCUAUAAAUGCCAGGAAUGUGGAAAGAGCUUCACUCGCAGUGAAAGUCUACGUUCACAUCAAAGAACUCACACUGGGGAGAAACCUUAUGAAUGCCAGAAAUGUGGAAAGAAAUUCACUCAGAGUGGGCAUUUGCAUGUACACCAGAAGAGAAUUCACAGUGGUGAGAAACCCUUUAAAUGCCUGGAAUGCGGAAAGAGCUUUGCUCUGAAUGAAAACCUAUGUUCACAUCAAAGAAUUCAUACUGGGGAGAAGCCCUAUAAAUGCCUGGAAUGUGGAAAGAGCUUCACUCACAGUCAAGGUCUACAUACACAUCAUAGAACUCACACUGGAGAAAAACCCUAUGAAUGUCCGGAGUGUGGAAAGAGAUUCACUCAGAGUUUAUAUUUAAAUACACAUCAAAGGAAAAUACACCGGGAGGAAACCCUAUAAAUUCCUGGACUGUAGAAAGUGCUUUGCUCAGAAUGAAAUGCUACGUUCACAUCAAAGAACUCACUCAAGGGAGAAACGUUAUAAAUGCCAGGAGUGUGGAAAGAACUUUGCGCAUAGCGCAGAACUAUAUUCACAGCAAAGAACUCACACUGAGGAGAAACCCUAUAAAUGCCUGGAGUGGGGAAAGAGAUUUGCUCAGAGUGAAGAGCUAUCAAAACAUCACAGAACACAGACUGGGGAGAAACCAGAAAGAGCUUCCCUUGCAGUGAAGAUCUACGCAAACAUAAUCGAACUCACGCUAGGAGGAAACUGUAAAUGCCUGGAAUGUGAAAAGAGCUUCGGCGAGAGUGGAACAUACAACUUAAAAUACAGAAAUAUGCAAACAUUAAAACAGGGAUGAAACAUAAACAUAUUUUAAAUUCCCAGUUAAAAACCA